CCUGUGGUGCUCAUCUUGUGAAUAUUGUGUUGGGCAAUAAUUAAAUUCAAAAGUUACCUACUGGGAACACUGAGUGGAAUACUUGAUAUGGAUUAACCACAUUUCUGUCUGCUGGUUUAACAGUUCAUUUAAACUGUUUGGUGACCCUGCAGUUGUUUCUUUUUAUUGCUGUUUUGGAAUAGUUUGGAGUCAUUCUGAGAAAGGACCAAAGUUAUGUUUGAAAAAUGGCAGGGGUUCAUGUCAGAGUGAGGAAAAGUAGCCAAGUUGGAAAUCCUAAAUGCUUCUGACUGGCUAGGAUCUGCAGUGUUACUGUUAUCUGUGCUGAACAGUUGUUAGCGCUGAUUUUGUGUUACCCAACCUGGGCUUUAUCUACUGUGAAUCCUCCCUUCCUUACUUCACUUGAGUGGGGAAGGUGGCGGUGCCCUUGGAAAUAAGGGCAACUCAAGAAAGUGUGUUGCCGGAAGCAGAGAAGCCAAUGGCACAUUAUAAGCUAGUAACGUGACUAUGGUAUAAGCCACAACAUCUCAUUGUAAAUACCACUCCAUUUGUCAGAAAAAUACUUUCCUCGCUCUGGCUAAUGAUAGGUCUGUCCCUGCUUGGGAGACUCAGCCUCAUGAGAGGAAUUAAUGGUGGUUGUGGGUUGGUUGUACAUAAGGAGAAAUAAAAUCUAUUUUUUGUUGUUUCCAUGGCUUUCCUGGUGAAAUCAGUCAAGUCAAUUUUGCUCUCCAUAAUACUCAGUACAGUUAUUUUCACGUGGCCAAAGCACAUCACAUCAUAAAAGGUAAAGGUUUCCCCUGAUGUUAAGGGCAGUCGUGACCGACUCUGGGGGUUGGUGCUCAUCUCCAUUUCUAAGCCGAAGAGCCGGCGUUGUCCAGAGACACCUCCAAGGUCAUGUGGCUGGCAUGACUGCAUGGAGCGCCGUUAUCUUCCUUCCGGAGCAGUACCUAUCUAUCUACUCACAUUUGCAUGUUUUCAAACUGCUAGGUUGGCAGGAGCUGGGGCUAACAGCGGGCGCUCAUUCCGCUCCCAGGAUUUGAACCUGGGACCUUUUGGUCCGCAGGUUCAGCAGCUCAGCGCUUUAACACACUGUGCCACCAGGGGGCCCUUUUAUGCUAUAUUUUAUAUUACUAUAUCGUUGCUGGGGAGUGGGGCUUUUUAAAAAGAUGAGUUCAAUUAUUCUCCGGGCUAUGGAUUUGCAGUCUGUUUUUAGAGAGAAAAAGUAGGAUUUGUUAUUAUUAUUGAUGGUACUAUAUUUCUGCAAGAGAUGUAGCUCUUAAAGGUACAGGAGUGGAGCCAGGAAAAAGAACAAGCCUGAAACUCCCACUCUUGCUAAGGUAAAGGCCAUAUGUGCAUAAAGGGUGGCUGGCUGGUGUGUUCUUACUUCCCCGCCCCUGGUGAGUGAUACAUCCUAGAUCAAUUGGGUGUUUGGAGCAAAGUCCAGCUCCCUAGUUUGGUUAAAGUCAGACAACGCCUGGGUCAAGAGCAAUGCCACAGGAAAGUGCUGUUUUUGACAACUGGGUUUUCUGAUUCUGGCUUUGUGAGCAGGUAAUUGGAGAAAAGGGUAAAGAGAUUGAACUGCUGAUAUUGACCAGCCAAAGUUCUCGAAGACCUUCGAGCGGGCCCCUAUGGCUUCAGGUACACUGUUUGAAGAUCUGGUUCCAGAUUUCUCCUGCCCAAUUUGCCUGCAAUGGUUCUUGGAGCCAGUUGCCCUCCCUUGUGGGCACCUCUACUGCCAGGCCUGCAUUGAGACUGCUUGGGGAGCCCAUAGCAGCAAACACGUCUGCCCCCAAUGUCGGGAGGAGUUUCUGGAGAAGAGAUACACCCCUUGCAAGCUCUUGGAGACUUUGAUCCACCGAAUCAGGAGAAUGAAUCCCAAGGAGACUGAGGAAGGCCGACGCAGCAGUGCUAAUGGCAGGGAAUGUGCACUGGAGCAGAAUCAUGCCAGGCUCCCUGUCCACGAGGCAACCGAGUGGUGUAAGGGGGAGCUGGGUUUGGCAGUGUCUCAGAUGGAAUCUAACUUGGCCAAACUUCUUGUACUUAAGAGAGAGGAAGAAGAAAAGCUCCAAAACCAUCAGGCAGUUAUGCUGAGCCUGGAUGACCACAUCUCCACUGAAUUCAGGCAGCUCCACCACUUCCUCAAUGUCCAGGAGAAAGUGUGCAAGUCAAGGUUGGCAGAGGAAGGAGGUGCCCUGCUCCAAGAGACAAAGGAGAGGCUGAGGCUGUUGCGGGAGGCUUGCCGCAGUUGUCAGGAGCUGCUGUUGGAAGCCCAGGAUCAUCUGGAACUACAAGACUCUUCAGAUUUCCUAACAGGCAUACACUCUCUCCUAAACAGGGUGAAGCAGCAGCAAACCACUCCAGCGUUUCCUGUUGUGUCACCGACAUUAAAGGUCCUUGGAUCAUCCAAAGGACCUUUGCAAUAUGUUGCCUGGAAGGAAAUGAAAUCUGCUCUCAAUAUAGAUUUCCCCCUGAUAACCUUGGAUCCUGAAACAGCUCAUCCUUGUCUCGUCCUUUCGGAGGAUUGCACCUCUGUCCGCGACGGCCAUGUGCGCCGGGAUAUCCCUGACACUCCUCUGCGGUUCAACUACUGUGUAGCAGUCUUGGGUUGCAGAGGUUUCUGCUCUGGAAAACAUUACUGGGAGGUGGAAGUUGGCAACAAGCCCUCUUGGACUUUAGGCCUGGUCAGCAUCUCCAUCAACCGCAAGGGGAAAAUCUCUGCCUCCCCCAGCAAUGGAUUCUGGGUGAUCCGGUUUAGGAAUGGGGUAGAGUUAAUGGCAAAGGACACUCCACCUCAAAGGCUGUGCUUCAGCUCCUUUCCCAAAAGAGUUGGUGUUUAUCUGGACUAUGUCGGUGGGCUGGUGUCCUUCUAUGAUGCCUUUACCAUGGGCCAUCUCUAUUCCUUUGUCACCCCAAGAUUUGCCGGGAGGCUGUUCCCCUAUUUUUGCCCUGGGCUCUACAAUUCAGGGGAGAAUGCAUCCCCCUUAAAAAUAUGCCACCCUUCUCUUUUGUAAAGGAGAACAUUCCUCACUUCUCCUGUUUUGAUCUGAUUUUAUGUUGGGAUCCUUAUUCCUUCUAGUAAAAUCCCCUGGCCUGCUCACUUAUUCCUGGAAAUAGAUCCUAGCUCGGAGGAUCUACAUAAAAUGACUCACAGAUGAAUAAAAAUGCCAUUAAAUUAUGCAAUUAUCUUAAAAUUACUUGUUGAUGUAAUUUGUUUAUUUAUUGUGUCGGAAGAAAAUUGAGAAUGCAGUUAUAAUGUAUAGAACAGGGGUCCCCAAACUAAGGCCCUCCGAGGUCAUUUAUCUGGCCCCCGCCCUCAGUUUUAUAAUAUAAUAUAUUGUAUAUACAUAUAUUGAUAAUAUUAUAAUGUAAUACAAUGUAACACUAACAAUAGUACCAUAUAAUAAUAUUAAUUAUAUAUUCUAUAUUACAUAUAAUAUUACUAAUAAUAUUACAGUAUAGUUCAGUAUAGUAAUAUAUAAUGCUAAUAUUGUGCUAUGCUAAUAAUAUAAUAUAUUGUAUGUACAUAUAAUUUGUAAGCCACUCUGAGUCCCCUUUGGGGUGAGAAGGGUGUGAUACAAAUGUAGUAAAUAAAUGCAGUAAAUAAAUAAAUAAUAAAUAAAUACAUUUUAGACUUAGGCUCGCCCAAAGUCUGAAAUGACUUGAAGGCAAACAACAACAACAACCCUAAUUAACUUGACUAUCUCAUUGGCCAGAAGCAGGAACACACUUCCCAUUAAAAUCCUGAUAAAUGUAUGUUGGUUAAAAUUGUUUUUAUUUUUAAAUAUUGUAUUGUUCUUUCAUUGUUCUUCUUGUUGUUGUUUUUGCACUACAAAUAAGACAUGUGCAGUGUGCAUCGGAAUUUGUUUGUAUUUUUUUUCAAAUGAUAAUCCGGCCCCUCAACAGUCUGAAGGAUUGUGGACCGGCCCUCGGCUUAAAAAGUUUGAGGACCCCUGGUAUAGAAGGACCACAAACAAAGUUAAAAACUUGUCAUAAUACUAGAUUUCCUUUGACAAGAAGCUGGCCAUUUGGAGUGCCUCUGGUGUCGUUAUAAGAAGGUUUUUGAAGCUGUUUAAUCUCAUAACUCAAGUUCUUACUUGGAUUCUUUUGUAGCAUUUUUCUUUACCAUAAAUUUUAUUCUGAAUGUUUUAAUUUUUCUUCUUUUUCUCUUCAUAUUUGUAUCUUGUUGUAUAAGGAAAAACAUCUCACGAAGGCUUUACGAGCAUCCCAGACAAUUCUAAUAUUGGUUCCUUUAUUCAAAUGUUCUUCAAAAAUUGUUUUAGCCAAGUCUUAGCUUUCACAGACACUUUUUCAUUGUGUAGCAAUGCUUCAUUAAGCUUCCUCUUCUUUACAUACAUAUAGAUGUCUCUGUGCUUUCCUUAUUUGCCUCUUUGUUGCACUGGAAGACUUUUAAUGCUCUAAAUAAACUAAAUGUAAAUUAACUAA